AUGGACUUCCUCCUCGGAGACUUCUGCUUGUCCUGCGACAGACAGACGAACGGAACUGCCUUCUGUUCCUCUGCCUGUCGCCUCACCCAGCUUGACCAGUUUACCCUGGCAAACUCGGCCAGUUCUACCUCCAGUAACACCACCACCACCUCCACCACACGACACAGGCCUUCCAUGACUAUUUCAACCAACGGCAUUUUCCUUCCUCCAGCCUACGACUUCUCCGUACACCGAACAAACUCUUCAAAUUCACUGGCCUCCUCUUCCACGACGUCCCGCCCCCAUUCUCCCAAGAUCUCUGAGCAAGCACAGAACGAUUUGAAGGACUAUGUGGGAUCAUUUGAUCAGACAAGAACCCUUAGACGACGAGUCUCUAUGCAGAGCAAUUAA